GUCAUAGAUAAGCACCCCUGUAACCGUGUAUCUUCCGCCAACCAUCAAUGCGAACACACUCUUUGGGGUUUCCCACAGCACCAAAACCACUUCGGACUGUCACCGCGGGUCGAGCCGACGCUGCCCUGAGAGAUUUACCAGCUUUCCCAAUGACUGACGGGGAGUGUGACUUCUUCUGUUUCUUCCGCUGCUGUUGAGUGCGCUUAUUACGCGCCUCAGGCAGACGUGAAGGCAGAGUGACCCUGAGGAGCGACACAAGCUGGUGGAGAGUUGGGCAGGGAGAAGUGAGAAGGUGGGGCUUUAAAACAAGCCAUUUCAGCCAACCAGGCCACUUAGAUCCGACAGGUGGGCGGGCUGUCUACCUGUUUGGGUGAUUGAUUCAGUAGUCUGGAUGUCUGUGGACAUGAACAGCCAGGCUUCGGACAGCAAUGAGGAAGACUUUGGGGUGAACUCUGAAGAAGAGGAUGAUGACGAUGAUGGAGGAGAUGAAGAGGACCAGGGUGAUAUUGCAGCCUACUAUGAGGGUGUGGCCAGUGAUGUGGAACAACAGGGAGCUGACUCCUUUGACCCAGAGGAGUACCAAUUCACCUGUCUUACCUAUAAAGAGAGUCAAAGGGUGCUGAUAGAGGAGGUUAACACUGUGGCUGCUGCACUGAAGGUUUUGCCAGCUGUAGCAAAACUGAUUCUGGUGCAUUUUCACUGGCAGGUUUCACAAAUAGUAGACAGAUAUAAGUCCAACUCAUCUCUGCUGUUGGCAGAUGCUCUGGUCCAGCCCAGCAGCACCUGCAGAUCAGUCACUGCCCAUCAGUCCCUCCACUGUGGCGUGUGUCUACAGGUCGUACGGAGAGACUCUCUAUUGGCACUGCCAUGUCAGCACUCCUUCUGUAAAGCAUGCUGGGAGCAGCACUGCACUGUACUGGUCAAAGAUGGCAUGGGAGUAGGUAUCUCAUGUAUGGCUCAAGACUGUUCCCUGCAGAUGCCUGAAGACUUUGUCCUGCCACUGCUACCAGGAGAGGAGCUGAAGGACAAAUAUAGACGCUACCUCUUCAGAGACUACGUUGAGAGUCACUUCCAGUUGCAGUUGUGUCCGGGCGCAGACUGUCCCAUCGUCAUCAAGGUGCAGGAGCCUCGGGCACGCAGGGUGCAGUGUAGCCGCUGCAGUGAAGUCUUCUGUUUUAAAUGCCGUCAGAUGUACCAUGCACCCACAGACUGUGCAACAAUCCGAAAAUGGCUGACUAAAUGUGCCGACGAUUCAGAGACAGCCAACUACAUCAGCGCACACACUAAAGAUUGUCCUAAGUGCAACAUCUGCAUUGAGAAGAACGGAGGCUGUAAUCACAUGCAAUGCUCCAAGUGCAAACACGACUUCUGCUGGAUGUGUCUCGGUGACUGGAAGACUCAUGGCAGUGAAUACUACGAGUGCAGCCGCUACAAAGAAAACCCUGAUAUAGUCAACCAAAGCCAGCAGGCUCAGGCUAGAGAGGCCCUCAAGAAAUACCUCUUCUACUUUGAGAGGUGGGAGAAUCACAACAAGUCUCUACAGCUAGAGGCUCAGACGUACCAGAGAAUCCAGGAGAAAAUCCAAGAGAGAGUGAUGAACAACCUGGGAACCUGGAUUGACUGGCAGUAUCUGCAUAAUGCUUCAAAGCUACUGGCUAAGUGCCGCUACACACUGCAGUAUACGUAUCCAUAUGCCUACUACAUGGAGUCUGGCCCACGCAAAAAACUGUUCGAGUAUCAGCAGGCUCAGCUGGAAGCAGAGAUUGAAAACCUGUCAUGGAAGGUGGAGCGAGCUGACAGCUACGAGAGAGGAGUGGUGGGAGGCGAGGGGGAGCUCAGCGCCAGUGACAGAGGGGAUUUGGAGAAUCAAAUGCACAUUGCUGAGCAGAGGCGACGCACGCUGCUGAAGGAUUUUCAUGACACCUGAGGCUCCAUCGUGACUGCGAAGCACCAGCAUCUCCUUCCUUCCUUUCCUCCUUUUCCUCUUUCCUUUUUUUCCUCCUUCCUUGCCCUCCAAUCUUUUGCUUCUUUCCAUGACUAUAAUUUGGUGCAGUUGUACCACUCCUCCUUUUGCUUCUUUACACUUGCUCAUUUGCUCUCUUCUCUCCCUCCUGUUAUGCUGCAGGGUCACAAAAAGGCACGAUAGUAGCUUCCCUUCCUCCCGUCACCCUUAUCGGCACCUCGUUUUCAUGUUUUGUCCCCAGAGCAUCACAUUCACCAUGGUUUCUUCAUCAUUGCUUUUCAGUUCAGAUCGUAAAGGUCUAAAGAUUUUUAGACCUAAACCGUUAUAAAAGCGUUUUUAUAACGGAGGACUUGCUUUUGAUUCACAUAAGCAUUUAUUAUGAGCAGCUAAAACAUUGUCUGUAAAGAGAGUAUGAGUGAGCUGUUAUUCUCCAACAUUAUCCCUGUGAUGCUGGAAUAAUGAAUGAAGAGAGAAGCAAUUGGAGACAUAAAAAUGCGGAGUAUGCAGAAGCUUUUAGCGAAUGAAGUAUUGGGAAAGAGAAUUUUUUUUUUCUUUAAAGAGACGGUGCUGAUUGCAGAUCUUUAGUGGUUUUAUAUAGACAAUAGUGACUAGCAGACACUGUCAUACUUAAUCAAUCUGUCUGAACACAUAUCCAACUAAUGUUCUGAACUUUCAAAACACAGGAAUUUCAGAUCAAUCAAUGAAAGUAAUUCCAUAUAAGAAAUGAUGGCUGCCACUGCUCUCAUUCUGCUUUGAUUCAAACUUUUCACCAGCUGACAGAUGUAACUCAGCAUGGCAGUCUAAAAUUCUCAGUAGACGUGACCAGGGUGUGUUUGUUGUGAAAAAAUGGUCACCACAUUAUUAUUUUGAAAAACAAAAUCCAGUAUUUUCUUACAUAUGCUGUAUUGUCAUAUAUGCAACAUGUUAUAGACAAAGACGAAUGUGUGUUAACAUGGCAACUAUUUCAGAUUUUUGUCGCCACUGUUUCAUAAUAAGUACACCUUUCCCUUGGUAAAUAGCAGCUAGUCAUUGUUACCUACAUAAAACUACUGAAUUACUCCAACUCUUGUCUCUUUAUAGUCUCAUACUGGUGCUUGAACUUGUUCAGCUAAUGUAGAUCAAAACUAGUGUGAGUCUUGAGUGUCUACAGAAACACCUCCUUUUGAUUAGCUGAUGAAGUUGUGUUGAAGCAGCAAGCGCAAGCUUAGUCUUUCACACACACUACAGCACCACCCACUGACACUGACGCAGCAUGCACAUAACACGUGCGCAAACACUCCGCUGCAGAAAAAAACGUCACCUGUUUGUCUCCAUCCCCCCAUCUCAUGCUCUCCUCUCUUUCUUUACCUUAAUCACUUUCACUUUAUUUUUGCUCUCUUUUCUCUCCUCUUUCUGCUCACGUUGUUCACAUUUUUCUUCUGGAAAAUGGUUGUUGAUAGAUAGAUCAUUUAAAAAAAAGAGAAAAAAAGGAAAAAAUAAUAAAAAAAAUUGCUGUAAUUUUCAACGGUUGUACAUUAAUACAGAAAUAGAGUUACUGAAAGAGUUUUUAAAACCA